GUCUCGGGGAAAUGCUUUGCGAGAACGCGGAGUCGUUCGAGCCGGGUGCCCCUUUAACCUGCUCUUCAGAGAAUCCGAUCGCCUUCGCUGGAUUGAACGGGGUUGCGACUGGUCAUUGCCGUGUACCUGCCAGUCAAGUUCAGUUAAAGAGGAUUUAAACAGCAUUCUCGAAACCUGGGGCCUAAUUCCCACCUCCUUGUAGGACGCUAUACAUGGGAGGGCCUUUCAGAGAGAGACCAGCGAUCCCUCUGCUGCCCGCUGCCACUGAGGGAUACAGCACAGAGGUUCCAGUUCUGGAGAGGAAGAGAGACAAGUGAGUCCUCUGCUGCCCAUUGUCCCUGCAGCAGGACAUGAAUGAGCAAAUCUUUGCCAAACUAAGUGUCAAACCACAGGCCUAACAAUCCCACUUAGAAGGAGGACUGAGAGGCAAAUACACCUGCAAGAUAAAUCCUUCAUCUAUCACCCUUCCCGCUCCAGGAUGAACAGCAUCAAUCGUAGGGACAAGGGAAACGAAAACUGUGAGAGCAGCAAGAAGGAGGAGCACUAUGGCUGGAGAAAAGACAGGAAAAGGAAGGAAACAAGGGAAGACAACUGAGGUGAGCUGGAGAGAAGCUGGGAGAAAGAAGAGCAUAGUUGGUAGUGGCAGGAAAAUGGGGGUGGGGUAGUGUGGUAAGUUGGGUGUAUGUGGUCAGGCAUGCCGGUCUGAAGGAAUCAUUUUCUCACACCUCAGUGUCAGAGUUGACCUGAGCAAACAGGAGCAGGGUAGAGCUGGAGAGAGUCGAGGGGAAGACAAACACUUCUAGACAUCCGUCAGCGAGGACGGGCAAUGCUACGGACCUGCUGGUGAAGACCUUCAGCAUUAACGACGAGUGGGAAAGAAUCGCAUCCCCAAGCGUCGUCCCAAGAGGUCCGAACCAGAGCCGAGGAUUUGAAACACAAGGACAGCAAGUGUCUGAGGAAACUGUUUCACAUGAAUGACCCCUUCCUUGUCAGCACAGCCACUUCCCAGAAGUGCGUUGUCAUGUUAAAGGUGGAACGCGACUUCCCAUCCCGACUGAUAUGGCCGCAUCCCACCAAUUGAAGAGAGAAAGGAUCGACUUCAAAGCGAAGUCCAGCCAACCAGCUCCUCUCCAAGGUGUCCUGCGAUGUCAUGGGGACUCCGGAGACUAUUUAAUAGGGACUAAAGAGGGCUGAUGACCCGCACUCUACGUCUUAGUUGUGUGUCAUGGGAAAGCACUGCCAGCAUUGAAAGGAUAUCCCCAGGAUACACUGUCGGCACCUCCAAACAAAGUUGAUAACAUCUUGCGCAAGUCGUCCGGAUCCUGAAAAGCAUGGCAUCGAGCGAGGUCUCCGGGAAAGCUGUUCCCCACAAGGUGGACCAUCUGCUGAGCGCCGUGGCCAACGAGCUGCAGGCCGGCAGCGAGAAGGGGGACCCCACGGAGAGGGAGCUCAAAGUGCUGCUGGACGAGAACGAGCUGUGGCUCAAGUUUAAAGAGCUCACCAACGAGAUGAUCGUCACCAAGAACGGCAGGAGGAUGUUCCCCGUGCUGAAGGUGAACGUGUCGGGCCUCGACCCCAGCGCCAUGUACUCCUUCCUGCUGGACUUCGUGGCGGCGGACAACCACAGGUGGAAGUACGUGAACGGGGAGUGGGUCCCGGGGGGAAAGCCGGAGCCGCAGACCCCGAGCUGCGUGUACAUCCACCCCGACUCGCCCAACUUCGGCGCGCACUGGAUGAAGGCGCCCGUGUCCUUCAGUAAAGUGAAACUGACCAACAAGCUCAACGGAGGCGGACAGAUCAUGCUGAACUCUUUGCACAAGUACGAGCCUCGGAUACACAUCGUGCGCGUGGGUGGGCCGCAGAGGAUGGUCACGAGCUACUCCUUCCCCGAGACGCAGUUCAUCGCCGUCACCGCGUACCAGAACGAGGAGAUCACGGCGCUGAAAAUUAAAUACAACCCAUUUGCAAAGGCAUUCCUGGAUGCAAAAGAGAGAAGUGAUCAUAAGGAUGUGGACGAAACUGGUGACAGUCAACAGUCAACUUAUUCUCAAUUAGGUGGCUGGUUUAUACCAGGUACAGGAUCGCUCUGCCCCUCUCCAAACCCUCACCCUCAGUUUGGGGGUGCCCUUUCCUUACCCUCCCAUGGCUGUGACCGCUACUCUACACUGAGAAACCAUCGCUCCACACCCUAUCCUAGCUCAUACAACCACAACAGAACCGCAUCUCCCACUGGCUAUUCAGACAACUCCUCUAGCUGCCUGCCCAUGUUACCAUCGCAUGAUAACUGGUCUAGCCUCCAGGUGCCCUCUCACUCCAGCAUGCUGCCCAUGAGCCACAGCAACAACUCCAGCACCAGCUCCAGCCAAUAUCCCAGCUUAUGGUCUGUGAGCUCCUCUACCCUCACCCCAGCCUCCCAGUCCAGCGGAAUGUCCAACAGCUUGGGCUCCCAGUUCCUGCGCAGCCCCACAGGUCCAUACUCGGGCUUGUCUCAUCCGGCCACGGCAGGCCCGUCUAGUUCCCCGAUGUACGACAGUGCCGCACCAUCCGAUGUGCAUGACACCUCUCAGUAUGACGCUUCACCCCACCCACGACUUGCCAGCGUCUGGGCACCUGUCACUCCACCUCCCUUGUAAGAAAGCACAUAUCAUUAAGCAUGCAGAGGCUGUCAUAAGGCUCUCUGUUGACGUUUUUUUUUCUGGACUUGGAACAUUUAUACACGUAUGGCAUUUCUAUUCUGUACCUUUCAUUUAGAACACAGUGUACCUAAACAAAAGAUGAGUGUGAAAAGCAACUGUUAUGCUGUAGUCUACUUGGUGUAUCAGACCUCAUGACAUCAAUAACUUAACUUCUGUUUUGUAUUUAAGACAAACUAGAAAUCUGCAUGUUUCUUUUCACUGAGGCGCAUCUUUCCAGCGAGAGAAAGGAUGAAGAGUCCUCUUGGUUGUUUUUCAGAAUUUCCAAACAAUUUAUAAAAUUGUGUCAUUUCUUUGUAUUUAAAUCAUGUCAGUUUAAUUUGUAUGUAUAUUUGUGUGCCUUGACUUUUGUAGCUCUGCACUUUUUAGUGCUAACUGUACAGA